GCUUUCUCGAGCUCAAUAGUCCGAAUUAACCGGCCGUCUACCGGUAAUUUGCCCGUCGAAUGAAUAAUACCAACACAGGUUCUGUAACGUCGGGCUUCAACUGCUCCACAUCGUGAAGGGGUCAGCUAUUCUCGAUUUCCAUUCUCGAAUACUUCAGUCACUCAUUAUGGAUGGCUCGUGGAUGUCUUUGGCUCCCUGCUCUUUUAUCCCUGUUGACCAUGACGAAGUCGAAAGGGCAGCAGCUGGGCUUGAUGGCCCAGGCCGAGCAGAUUGCCAGCGAGUUCAGCCUCAGUUCUGAACAUGUGCGGCGAGUGACGAAACAUUUGGUUCGCCAAUUAAAGGACGGCCUUGCAAAUGAACGCCCGUGGCAGUUACCCGCCUAUCUGCAAAGCAUACCUACAGGGACUGAGAAGGGCCAGUUUCUGGCCGUUGAUCUCGGUGGCAGCAACUGUAGGAUAUGCAUGGCCGAAUUACACGGGGACUCGACUUUCACCGUUCUCCAAAGCAAGCACAGAGUUCCGCCCAGUGUCAUGGUCAACCAGAGCUAUCUGCCACUGUUCGAUUUCAUUGCACGACAUAUCGCAGAAUUCGUUGAUGCGCAUCUCGAUCCCAACAGUCAGUCGCCUUACAAGUUGGGCUUUACGUUUAGUUUUACCUGCGAGCAGGAAUCUCUUAAUGGCGGUCGUCUCAUACACUGGGACAAGGGCUGGGAUAUACCACAAGCCGUGGGUCGUGAUCCGUGCGUCAUGCUUCAAGAAGCCAUUGAUAGAAUGGGAAUACCGGUUCAGGUUACAGUUCUGGCAAAUGACAGCGUUGGCACGCUCCUGACAAGAUCGUAUUGCUCGGGUCAAGGGAUAUCUACGCUGGGCGCUGUCAUUUUUGGAACUGGGACAAAUGCUGCCUACGUGGAAAAGCUAUCUAAUGUGCGGAGGCUCAAGAGUACCAAAGCCAACGUGGACGGAAUUAUGGUGAUCAACAGUGAAUGGGGCUCCCUGGAUGACGAGAUGAAAGUAUUGCCGCGAACGCCACUCGACGAUGAAUUAGACUCGGCAUCCGUCGAUACCGGAUUUGGCAUGUUGGAGAAGAGGGUAUCUGGACUGUAUCUUGGAGAACUACUCCGUUUGGCAAUUCUGAAGCUGUUGCGAGCUAGUGCUUUCGACAUGACUGUUGCCGAACAGUCCUGUCUCUUUCGACGAGAUGGAAUCGACAGUUCCCUCCUAUCUCAUCUUGCGAUUUCAAAGAGUAUCGACAGCGCAGUUCGACUGCUUCAAGACACACUGUCAGCGAAGAGCGUCAGUAACACAGACGCAGAAGCUAUCAAACUGAUAGCGGAGGCCAUUGCCAGACGAGCAGCGCGCUUGUCUGGUGCAUCAUUAGCAGCGGUCAUCAUCCAAAGUGGACGACUCGAAACUUCCUCGAGAAAAUUCCUGAACCGAGUCCCUUCGCGAACGACAUCGAUUUCUCCAUACAGCCUUCAAAGCUUUUACAGUUAUGCGCCUCUUCUUUUGCGCCACCUUUUGGAUUUUGUGAGGCUACUUUGCAAGAGACCGUCUUGGAUGCUCCCGAAACAUCCACCGGAUGCCGAUAGCACUCCACUGCCCGGAGAUAUUAUUGAUAUCGGAGCCGAUGGCUCGGUUAUAGAGUCCUAUCCGACAUUCGAAGCCGAAAUGCGCGGUGCAAUGAGAGAAGUUGCUGAGAUUGGACCUGCGGGUGAGCAGAGGGUCAGAAUUACUCUCACGAAGGAUGGGUCUGGGGUGGGUGCUGCGUUGAUGGCACAUGCGGCAAGCUUGGCUGAGACUGGUAGACCCGUGAACUGUGGCUGA